AUGGGAAUCCCCUGGCGGCUGAUUUGCGUUUUCGGAUUUUUCUCGUGUGUUUCAACCGAUAACGAAUGUCUUAAAUGUUCGGACCUUUCGGGUUUCACGGAAAUUCAGGGAUCAUGUUACGCGCCAAUUGUCGCAAAAGCGAAUCGAGGAGACGCAAUAAAAGAGUGCCAAAAGUUGCAUCCGAAGGCCACUUUGGGCACAAUCAGAAGCGCCGCGCAAAAUGCGGCUGUUCAUGAUCUAGCCGUCAACAAACUACGUGCUCAAUGCUCGUCAUUCUCGGGUGAAGUGUGGAAGAACCAAAUGUGGAUCGGAUUCUGGGAUGAUUUAAAAGACGCAAAACUUGCAAACACUUGGGAAAACGACGUCAAAUCGGAUUACAGAAAUUGGGCUCCGGGACAACCCAAGGACGAUUCGGGCGAGGAAAAGGGAACCGCGAUGACCAUCGUUUCGGGCGGGCCAGAUCCCGAUGGAUCGUGGUACGAUCUUCACAGCCAAGAAAGCGUCAUUUGCGGAGCACUGUGUGAGAUCCUGUGUGAUAACAUCGGCGCUUCUAGUUGCUUCGCUCAUUCGAAAACAAUCGUCGCUCCAACGUGCAGCGGCAUUUGGGGAUUCACUGACGUUGGAGGAUCGUGCUAUGCGCCAAUCUAUGUGAACGGAAAUCAAGCCGAAGCAAAGGCCCAAUGCAAAAAGUUGCACCCUGACGCCGACUUGGCCUCAAUUCGUUGUGAUGCCGAGAAUGAGGGAAUUUGGAAGUUGUCUCAAGGGUCAUUCAAAGAUCGAUGUGCUACACACGAUCCGACUAAUAAGUACUUAGACCAAUUGAUCAUCGGGAAAUCGAACGGCGAUUGGAUUGAUUGUACCAAUACAACUUAUAGCAAUUGGAAUGCCGGUGAACCAAAUAAUGCCGGUGGCAAUGAGCCCGUUUCGACGUUGUUCAUCACAAAUGAGAGCCCUCAAUUCCCGAAAGGCAAAUGGAACGAUUUGGCCGAUGGGAAAUUCUGUGCCGCAAUGUGCGAACUUCUUGUGGGCACAACCGGGAACUCAUGUGGUUUAAAGCCGUGCCCUGGUACACAGACGUGCGCCGCUUCUUCCGGCUCAAGUUCUGGCUCCCCAACACCAGCACCAAAAAAAAAGACAUGUCCGAUUGUGGCUGGUCAGGAGUACACUUACAUUUCUGGAUUCACCCAAGAUACGGGCUCGACAGACUGGUGUAUCAAUUGGUUCUCGAGGUCAACCUACGUAAAUUCUGGCGGUGCGCGACCUGCCUGUCAGGAGAGUGGCGGCGAGGUUCUCUCCAUUCACAGCGAUAAAGAUAAUCAACUUCUCCAAGGAUACAUUUCGACUGACGUCACCAUGGGCGGAUAUCUGGACAAUGGAGGCACAUGGCGAUGGUUUGAUGGAAGCCCGUGGAACUAUUCGAACUGGGCCCCCGGAGAGCCCGUAUGGGGACCGUCAAACAACCUUCAUUACUGGUUCAAAAUUCGGAAGAGCGACGGAAAGUGGGUGAGCAUUGGGCAUGAUUACACGUCGUAUUAUGCAAUUUGUCGCGUCAAACCCAUUGAAUCG